AUGGAGGAUGAUGAGAAUAAUAUAUUCUCCGAUUCUCCAAAUUUCUACCAUUCCCAAAACAUCAACCCUUCCCAAAAUGUUAACCCUUCUCAAGAUUAUUUCCCUAACUUUGAUGAUUUUCCGAAUUCUGAGCAAUUUCAAAGUUCAUUUCAAAAUCAACAAUCAAGCCAAGACAUAUCACAAACCAAGAGUGAUGUUAAGACCCCACAUGGUUGGAGUGAGCAAGAAGACAUGGCAUUAAUGCCUGCUUGGUGUUUCGUGAGCACGAAUGCAGUUGUUGGCACCAACCAAACUAGUAACCAUCUAUGGCAAAAUGUUCUUAAUCUAUAUGAGCAGACAAGAAAAGAAAAUCCAAGAAUUGGUGAACAAAGAAGUUUGGAGUCAUUGAAGCAGCGCUACAAACGACUCAACGCAAAUGUAUACGAAAACCUUUGUUCGAACAAGCUCAUCGACACCGACAACUUUUUUGUGCAAAAGCGUGAUGCUACUGGUCGACUUGGUAUGUCUGCAAUUCAGAAAUGUAUAGCAGUGAUGAGGAUGUUUGCCUACGGGGCAGCGGCCGACUUGCACGACGAAUAUUUGAGAAUGAGCGCACAACUCAUUCGCAAAUCUCUCAUCAAGUUCGUUGGAGGUGUAAUUUCUAACUUCGGCGAUGAGUACUUGCGAAAGCCCAACGAAGAAGACUUGGCAAGACUUCUGCAUAUUGGAGAACAACGUGGGUUUCCAGGCAUGUUGGGUAGUAUUGACUGCAUGCAUUGGGAAUGGAAGAAUUGUCUCACUUCAAGGGCUGGACAAUAUGCCGGAAGAAGCGGGAGUCCGACAAUCAUCUUGGAAGCAGUAGCAUCUCAAGAUCUGUGGAUAUGGCAUGCUUUUUUUGGAACUCCAGGUUCGAGAAAUGAUAUUAACGUGCUUGAUCAAUCUCCUGUUUUUUAUGAUAUUUUGGAAGGUCGAGCACCGAAGGUACUUUGGCUGCACAUUUGGAAUCUUAUGGGGCACAAAUUCGAGAAAGAUGGAGAGGAGAAGAGGGAGAAAAGAAGAUCUCUUACUAUAGCUCCCUUGACCGAAGCAACCUUAACUUUUAUCUAA